UGGCAAGUCAUGGGAAAUUAUGGAGCUUUUACUACAGGCAGGUGCUGAUCCAAAUGCUGUAUCAUGUGGAAAUACACCUCUGAUAUUUGCAGUAAGGGAUGGACGCGUAGGUGAUAUCAAGCGCUUACUGGAAGCUGGUGCGGAUCCAAAUUAUAAAAUGAAUGGGGGGUGACAGCAUUGGAAUGUGCCGCUGCUAAGUGCAAUUAUCCAAUUAUCGGGGUUCUUUUUCCUGUGACGUCUCGCAUCCCAGCUUAUCCUGAUUGGAGCAUUGACGGGGUAAUGAAGCAUGUAAAUUCUGAUGCAUACCAAAUGCAGAGGAGAGCCUAUGCAGAGGAGAAAUUUCGUCAGGCAAAAUCAAAAGGAAGAGAUGCAUUCCAGAGAGAGGAGUAUCUUUUGGCAGCGCAUUGGUUUCAAGAGGCCCAGGCCAUUUUCUCAAAAGAUGCCGCAAUAUUAUCCAACAUGAGUGCUUGUUAUGCACGCCUGGGUGACGGAAUCAAUGCACAUGAUUAUGCCACUAAAUGCAUGUAUGAAAGGCCGGAAUGGCCUAAGGCAUACUACAGGUUAGGUGUGGCGCUCAAUAUACAGAAGAGGUAUGAUGAUGCAGCAGAUGCCUUUCUUGAGGGUUUGGAGCUCGAUCCAGGAAACAAAGAGCUUAAAGAUGCGUACAUGGAAGCUGUUGAAGCUAGAUUGAACUCUGUCGAAGUGUAACAAGAUAAUGCUGAGUAAAACGGAGAUGAAAGGAUUAAUCACUUGCGAACUAAUUAUGUUGCUCUACAAGACUACAAUCUUGAUAUCCUCAACUUCUCCUAAUGCGGCACGUUUACCUUUUGCUCAACUUCUCCUAAUGUGUCACGUUUACCUUUUGCUCAACUUAUGACUUCGUAUGUAAAUGAUUUGACAAGU